GAUAAAGCGGCAAGAAAAUUCUGCUUUAUAUGGUGGAGAGCAUUACACGAAGAGAAGGAGACACGCGAUUCAAUCAACAGAUUAGACAAGACCAGCAGUUCCCAAUGGCAACUCCGGUGAAAGUUUACGGCCCACCAAUGUCCACUGCCGUAUCUAGAGUCUUAGCCUGUCUUCUCGAGAAAGAUGUGCAAUUCCAGCUCAUCUCCGUCAACAUGUCCAAGGGCGAGCACAAGAGUCCUGAUUUCCUCAAAAUCCAGCCCUUUGGUCAAGUACCGGCAUUUCAAGAUGAGAGCACCUCCCUCUUUGAAUCUAGGUCAAUAUGCAGGUACUUGUGUGAAAAGUACGCAGAGAAGGGAAACACAGGAUUGUACGGGACAAACCCAUUGGCGAAAGCUUCCAUCGAUCAAUGGCUGGAGGCUGAAGGGCAGAGCUUUAACCCCCCAAGCUCAGUUCUCGUGUUCCAGCUCGCAUUUGCACCACGAAUGAAGAUUAAGCAAGACCAAGCCGUAAUCAACCAAAAUGAAGAGAAGCUCGCGAAAGUGCUGGAGGUGUACGAGAAGAGGCUCGGAGAAAGGGAGAGCUCUUCACUUCCAAUAAAAACGUGGGUAGGUGGUGGGGUGAGAUUUCGAGCCGUGAUUCGUGGAAGAAGGUGGUUGAAAUGCAGAAGCAGAGGACUUGAACCAUGGUUUUGUUGGCUUUUCUUACCAGAAAGCAUGAUGGAGUCAGGCGCGAAGGAGGAAGAGAGCGUGGUCGGAUACAACAGCAACAACGUGAAGAAAGCCAAGUUGCAUUCAACACUCGCCGCUCUCCUCGACGACCCAAUCCUCGCCGAUGUCCCUAAGAAACCCACUUUAUCCGAUGUCGAUACCCUUAUCAGCCUUGAACUGGGGAGUGCCAUGCGCAUCUCCAUCCUCAAAUUAGAUGGAACCUCCUUCGAUGUUGCGGUGAUGAAUUCGGCCACGGUGAAAGACUUGAAGCUCGCAAUCAAGAAGAAAGUGAUCGAUUUCGAGCAGUCGAAGAUGGGUCAUCGACACAUUUCAUGGAGGCACGUAUGGGCCAAUUUCUGCCUGGCACACCACAAUGAGAAGCUCCUUGAUGAGGGAGCUGCUCUUCAGGAUUUUGGUGUUCGAAAUAACUCUCAGGUACAGUUUGUAUCCUAUGUUGUAUCAAAGGGUUCUGGGAGCCAUUCCAAGAGGAGAAAGCACCGUUUCUUCCAUGGCCUGAACAAGCGUUCAUGAAUACAUAUUCAAUCAUGUUGCUAAUCUCAUGGCUCUAUGGUGAUCUUUCCCUACACAUACACAAACAUGCGAAAGUUCUUGUUAUCUAAUCGAAGUCAUUCUAGAAAUUCUAGAAAUUCGUAAGUAUUUCAUUUUGGGCUGAUUUUGCUUAAAUGUUUAGGUGAUUUGUUUAUAAAUUUUUGCUUGAAGACACAUGUAGUAGUACUAUAUAUGAUGUAAAGCCAAUGGAAUAAUGCAUGAUGCUUGACAGGGACUUGAUUCUGAAA